GGGCUGAGAAGGGUCUAGGCCCAAAGCGUCAGCUUUCCUGUUCCUCCGAUGUUGCUUGCCCAGCUAUGUUCAUUCAGCUGUACACCAUGUUAUCUUGAGGUCCAGUAGAUGGUGACAGUUGGAUAAUAAUGGCGAGACGGAAGUUCUUGUGUUUGUUUGUUGGAGUUGCGCUGUUGCUGGAUUACAGGUUUUGUAAAGAGUUUGGAUUUGCAUCUUACUAUGCUAAUCAUAUGGUGUUACAGAAAGAACCUGCUCGAGCUGUGAUUUGGGGAUAUGGUAUCGUGGGAGCGAUAAUUCAUGUGAUCGUCCAGAGAGAGAACACUGCUUUUACUCACAAGGUGACAGCAGUGAAAGAAGGUGGGCUUGGUAACAUCAGUGUCUGGAAUGUCUCCCUUGAACCUGUUGGUCCCGGCGGUCCAUUUCUGAUUAUUGCAGAACAGACGUAUUUCAGAAGGGUGGACAAAAUUGUUUUAAAAGAUGUUUACUUUGGAGAUAUCUGGCUGUGUGGUGGGCAGAGCAAUAUGGCUAUGACAGUAUCACAGAUUAUUAAUGCAAGUGAAGAGCUCUCUCUUGCUUCCCGUUAUCCAUAUAUACGACUCUUCCAAGCAGGAUUGCGUGAGUCAUAUCACGAGCUGAAUGAUCUUGAUAGCAUUGCAGUACAGUGGUCGAUUCCCACCGCAGAGAUUCUUGGAAAUGGCAACUUCACCUCAUUCUCAGCUGUCUGUUGGUUAUUUGGUCGAUAUCUUUAUGAUAAGUUACAGUAUCCUAUUGGUUUGGUGGAAUCAUGUUGGGGAGGAACUCCCAUUGAGGCUUGGUCUUCCAAACGAGUCCUGCACAAAUGUGAAAUUUCUUUCAGUAUUGGCAGUCAAAUAUUUGAAAAAAAUGGUCCCCAUCAAUAUACUGUUUUGUGGAAUGCAAUGAUAUACCCUCUACGUAGAAUGGCAAUCACAGGAACCAUCUGGUAUCAAGGAAUAGUGCCAGAUGACUGGAGGAUAGCAAACGUGGUUCCCCUGUUCAAGAAGGGGAGUAGAGACAACCCUGGUGAAGCAAACACAGUCUUGCACACUGCACAGUAUAACUGCACCUUCCCAGCAAUGAUAGAGGAUUGGAGGCAGAUUUUCCAUCAAGGCUCUGGCGGAGCCACAGAAGCAGACUUCCCUUUUGGAUUUGUCCAGCUGUCCACCGACCACCAUGCUGUACCAGAUGAUUCUUUCCCAUGGAUACGUUGGCAUCAAACUGCUGAUUUUGGUUAUGCUCCAAACUCGAAGAUGAAGAGAACUUUCAUGGCAGUUGCAAUGGACCUGGGUGAUGAGGAAUCACCUUAUGGCGUCAUUCAUCCUCGAGAUAAACAAGAUAUUGCGUACAGAUUGUAUCUUGGCGCUCGAGCAGUGGCUUAUGGAGAGACAGCAGUUGUUUUCCAGGGCCCAUUUCCAAAGGAAGUUCAGCUCAAGAACAGCAGAGAAUUGACCAUCACCUACACAGAAGAGUUGACAGUGCUGGAGCUCAGACAUGAUCUAUUUGAGGUUUGUUGCUGCACAACAUGGGAUUUGUCCAACUGUAAGUGGCUCUUUGUCCCCAUUGUCAACCACUCCAUCAACACACUAUCUUUAUCUCUAAGCCAGUGUCACCAGAAGGUGACUGGCAUUCGUUAUGCUUGGAUGGAGUGGCCAUGUGACUUGAAGAAGUGUCCCUUGUAUGGCAAAGACUCUAACUUACCUGCUUCAACAUUCAUGCUACCAUCAGCCCACAAUGGAGUAUUCUGAAUGGUACCAAUCAAAUUGUUGCUAUAAAUAAAUGAUAAGGAUAUUUACACUGGUUAAAAUAUUAUCAACUUUAGUGCCGGUAGAGAGCUGGGGUGAUGUAAGUCUGAUCUUUCACACACAGAGUUUGAAAGACCUGUGGAAGUUAUGAAUCCAAUGUGAUCCUGCUAGACUUGUUAAUAAUAAUAUAUUUUCUAUUUUAUCUUUUUCUAAUCUGUGAAAUGAACUAAUCUCAGGUGUGUACACAUGCUGAAAAUAUAGCAUUGACUUUACUACAUGAUGUGAAUACUUUAAAUUAUAAUAAAUUUGUACGGGCCAUAAUUGGGUUGGGAUCUAACAAUAUUGGGGCAAUGAUAAAUCUAUCAAAAGCAUUGACUAUUAGUAGUUUAAUUAAAAAUUGAUGUGAAAUAUUUACAGAAAAUAAAUUAAAAUCUGGUCUGUGAUCAGUCCAUAUCCUUGCAAUAAUUUUAAUAGGAACAAAAGCCUUAAAUUAUAGACUUAAGAGUGCUACAACACUUACAGAACUCAUGGCCCAUGCGGGAGCUCAAAGCCAAGUCAGUUCACCAAUUCAUCAGCUAUCACGAGAAAGCAGUUUGAAAGUCCUCUUCUAAUAUUACUGAAAUGAUGGGUUUAACGUUGGAAGCUACCAACACUGUUUUGUAAGAUUAGUUAUAAAAUGGCCCAACUGGGAAUAAAAUGAAAAUUUGAGCAUUGCAACUUCAGCAACUGUUAGUAUCAGACUUCUGAUAAUGCACAAGGGUGUCCUUAAGGUUACAUGUGCUGAAAAGGUUUGAAGUUUCCCUUUACCUAUAUGUUUCUUGCAUGCAGAUUGGGUAGACUUGAUCUAAAAACAUUUUCAAGGUACGUCAACAUGGAAGGCACAGGAAAAGUCAUCAUACUGAAAGAUCUGUGAGCGGACGUGCCAUGGAUACAAAAAGUUAUUUUGUACUUUGAGAUUAUUUCUUCUUCUCAUUUCAUUCUCAACUCCUCAGUAUUUAAGCAGCAUGUAGCUUAAUGCAGCAAGACCUGGACUGGUAGUUGAUUAAGGAACAUUCACACCACAUAAUUGCCAGGUAAAGACAACAAACCUUCUUGAUUUGGAACUAUAUCACUAUUCCUUCAUUGUCAUUAAGUCAAAAUCCUGAACUCCUACCCAGACUACACAAUGGGAGGAUCUUCAUCACAUGGACUUCAACCAUUCAGAAAGUGACUCUGCAUUUUGGCUGCAAAAUCAUCGUGUUCAGUUAAACUAACUAUUGGACAUUAGAUAGAGGUAGACAGUUAUUUAUGUUACCCACUGUGAAACAAUUCUAAGGCAAGUUGAGUAUAAAAUGUAAGAAUCUCUGUGGUGUUAUUUAGUAGUGAGAACAUUUAUGAAAGUUUCUUUACCCCUGCCUUUACAUGCUUAUUUAGAUUUUACAAAGGGUCUAGACCUGAAGCAUCAGCUUUUGUACUCCUAAGACGCUGCUUGGCCUGCUGUGUUCGUUCAUCCAGCUCCACACUUUGUUAUCUUUAGUUAUACAAAUAUUCUUUUUGAAACAAGCUUAUUUUGUAACUGCUUUUAUAAGUCAUUAAUUGUUUCAGCUUGGUGUGUAGCAAAGUCCCUUCAAAGUUGGAUUAGCUCUAAUAGUUAUCAAACUAUCAAAAGAAAAUGACCAGUCUAAAGGAAUGAGCAACAAAUAAAGCCAGAAUGCUAAGAGGUGAGGCCAAGUGUAGAAUGAUGUAAGAAAUUCCAAAUGGUGAUUUUAAGAAAUACAAAGGUUGACACUUCUCCUAGUAGGAUCAGAUUUUUUUUUUCUCUUUCUUAUUCUUUUCUUUUCUGCGUGUGCAGGCGUGAGACACAGUUUAAAAAAAAGACACCAGGUGUGCAAAUAAAGUUAUUAACAUACCACCACCAGGUAAAACACCCAUGUGACAAAAACAUCAGUAUCAAGCAGCGUCCCUGUGGGAGCAAUGACAUUGCGAAAGAAAAAGUUGGGGGGGGAGGGAUCAAAUCAAAAUGCAAUUUGUGAGGGAAACAAAGCACUCCACACCUUGUGAUGCCUCCUUUCCCGAAAGGCAUCGAGAGCUCCAGUGCACACCGCGUGCUCCUCCAGGGACACUCGGGCGCAAGGAUCAGAUUUUAUUGUUUGUGUUAAUUGCUUUAAUCUGUUGAUUACUAGACACUUCUUGUUCAUAAGAAUUAUACAUUGUUUGUGAGUCAACUUGCUUAAAUGUGACUGCUACGUAUGCUUUUAAACCAACUAUGAGUAAAAUAUGCAUCUUCCACACCAGAA